UUUUGAACGUAAUCGGAAAUCUGAUUCGGACUUUUAGCUUCCGUCCGGUUCGAUGAGUACCCACACAUUCGAGCGGUCGGUUCGGUCCAGAAUUUUUCUGUGCGAACCGAACCGAACCAAUUUACAGUGUAGCUCCCGAAGGGUUGAUGCUUCCAAAACCAAAAACUCUGGACAAAACCAUCUUGUUUUCAUUGGUUUGCUCUAAGGUCGAUUAUUGAUCCAUAUCUCCGCCCACCUCAGCUGUCUUCGGCCAACUUUUCGACGAGAAAUCUAUCAAAUCUCUUUCUGGGGCUUCAUCAAUUUUAUUAGCAGGAAUCUUGAAUAGGGGUAUAUGAUAAGUGGGCUAGUUUGAGCCUAUCAAAUCGAUUAAAUUGAGCUUACUACUUGUUAUUUAUGAGGAGGCCCCAUGAGGUUCUGACUCAAUUUUUUUUGGGUUUCUGAAUGACCCAGCUUAGUUAUUGUUUUGAGACAUUAUGUUCGUUUAAGUCUAUUGUGGUUAGAAAGCUCUUGGGGUAGCAGCAAGGGCCACUCAUGGCUUAUUCUCGUGGACAUGACUUCCUGUUUUGCAAUUUGUGUGGAACCAUGUUGUCGUUCAGCUCAACGAAAUAUGUUCAGUGUCCUUUGUGCAAAUCUCAGCGAAGUGCAAAAGAGAUCAUUGGUAGAGAAAUAAGUUACACAGUUACUGCUGAGGAAAUUAGGAAGCAGUUGGGAAUUUCAUUAAUUGAUGAAGAGAAAAUGCAGCUAUCAAAGGAAAGGAGGAGAUGUGAAAAAUGUGGGAAUGAUGAAGCUUGGUUUGAGAGCAGACAGAUGAGAUCAGCUGAUGAAGGGCAGACCACAUUUUAUACCUGUACCAAAUGCCAUCAUCAGACCAGAGAGAAUUGAUCAUCUUCCAUAUAAAAUGUUUCAAGGAUGUCACGGUGGUUCAUUAUAUAGAAAUAUGCAAUAUCCUUGAAUUAUGGCUCCAAUGCAAUCCAAAAGCUUUAACAUGCUGAAUUAUGUUAGACAGUAAAACUUGAUCGGAAUCUGUAAGUUAAAAAACUUCUCAUUAAUAUAUCAUGAAGUAGCAAGCAAAAUUCAUUCUUGAAUGGUUUUUAGGCAUUCUGUAAAUAUUGAAUGGUUUUUAGGACCUGGUUUGGUAACAACUAAGGUUGACUUCAA